UUGUAGAUAGUAAAUACUUUUAUAGGAUUAAUAAUAAUACCAACGUGAAUUUCAAAGAGAAUGCCUAAAAAUUAAAAACAUUCUCACAGCGACAGACACUUUCGGAGUAUCAAGUCGAACGCAUCUUAUAAUGUAUGCUAGAAAAUUGCGGGAAAUUGUUUGGAAUUUUGGAGUGUUUCCAGGAGGUAUAUGUCCUAUAGUUUACUGCCAGCUGCUACAGAUAUUUGGCGGCGUAGGUAGUACGUAGUUCUCUUUCAAUUUUAUUUUCUAAUGUUUUAAUGGGAAAAAUUAAGUAUGAGUAAUUUCUUUGUAAUUAGCUUUAUUAGUCUGUAUUUAUAUUUGAACAAUAGGUAUACAAUAAGAGUAUCACACUGUUUUAGGUAGCAAAAUGUAUUCUCUAGUUAAAUUUGUCGACGACGGCAUCUACUACAUAACUCCUUCAAAAAGUACCACAUUGAUAGAAGGAACAUUAGUAUGGGCCCCAUAUAAACGUAUGGGGUACUAUGAAGCGAAUGUAAUUGCUACAAAUAGUGAUAAACCAAUAUUAACACAAUUAAUGCAGAAAAAGAAAAAAGAACAAGGGAAAAAAGCAAAUUUAAAAGUACUUGAACACAAUGAAGAUGUGGAUGUUUCUUUUGAAAUAGACAAUGUGCAUGAUAACAGGUCAAAUUCAUUAAAAAUGAAUCAGUAUUAAAUGAUCAUAUCGAAGAAAAUGUUGAUAGUCAAUACACAGAAAUUGUUACACAUGGUGAAUUUAGUAAUGAAAUACGAAGAGAAAUAGAACCACCAGAGUGCCAACCUGUGGUAGAACCUAACAACCAAGACAAAUUAAUGGAUAUUUCCUGUGAUAAUGGGUCAAAUUCG